CGCGGCUCCGUGUAGGAAGUCAGGAACCAGGAAGAUCAACACGGAAGUAGAGAGCACUUCCAGUACAGAUUAGGAUGAGCCGAAUUUAUCACAACACGUCUUUACAGAACAAACCGGUGCACAAUGAGACCUUUGAGCGCGCGUGGUCUCCCUCUGCGUACGAAAGUGGCCAAGGGGUCAUUCUAGAAGGACAGCUGCUGGAUGUCUCCAGACAUGCCAUCAGUGAUGGCAGCAAUCCAAAGGUCCGCUUCUAUGUGCUCUACAUCAAACCUGGACGCAUCCACCAGAGGAAGUUCGACACCAGCGGGAAAGAGAUUGAGCCCAACUUCAGCGACACCAAAAAGGUCCACACCGGGUUCCUCAUGUCCUCCUACAAGGUGGAAGCUAAAGGGGAGUCCGACCGCCUGUCCGAGGAGCAGCUGUCGCUGGCGGUGAACAAGGCCGAGCUGCUGAAGAUUACCGACAAGCACCGACCCGGCGGGACCUGGGCCUUCUGGUACCCGGAGUCCCAGAUGGACCAAACGGAGCUGGAGACGGGGCAGGAAGUCCGGCUGAAGACCAGAGGAAACAGCCCGUUCAUAUUCUCCUUAGCCAAAGUGGACGGCGGCACGGUGACCAAGUGUAACUUUGCUGGAGACGAUCAUGCCGGAGCGUCGUGGACGGACAAGGUUCUGGCCAACAAAGCAGACGCAGUCAGCACGCCGGCGCCCGGAGGGGAAGGAGAGGGAGCAGGGGAGGACGAAUGGGAUGACUGAGGGAAGCGUCUCUCGACCAAUCAGCCCCGACCUCCCGGCCCGCUCCAGUCUCCAGGUCCCCCUCCCUGAUUGGAAUCUGGCGUUCACCAGAGUUCUUAAUCUCUUCCAUGUGUGGGGCCUCAGGGCUGGAAAGCUCACGUCACUGGACUCCCCCAGCUCCACAGAGGGUCUGGGGGUGGGCUGUGAUGCACACCAUCUCUGGAACCUCACCCUUGUGUACUAUGUGCAUGAACCGGCUUUUCCUGCACAGCCUGGUUUCAAUUAGGCCCAAAUAUCUGUUGUUCUUCCAGCACACCUGAGGAGCCCUGUCCUGGGACACGUCCCAGUGGCUUCCUCUACUGGUUCAGUUGUGUGUCAGCUGACGGGUAACUGGUUACAUGACUUAAGUAUGUACUUUAACAUGCUUGCACUUCACAUGAGUACUUUAUACUUCCACUUCAGCUACAGAGGGAAAUAAUGCACAUUUUAGAAUAAUAUUAUUUUAUAAUUUUGCUGAUUCAGAUUAGAAACAAAGAAAUGAUGUAUUAAUUUGGAUAAAUACGAGAACUUGAGAACCUACGUGGUUAUAUAACAAAGACAUCCACCCCACAUUUACCUGUAACAUUCAAGGAAUGUACAAUUUUCUCAAUAAUGUAAUAUAGUAUAUUAUUCUGAAAUGGGCUUGCAUCAUGACUGCUGUAAAUGCUUAUAGUUUUGAACUUUUAAAUAACCUGAAUUCAGGUCUUUUACUUGUUAGUUUUUUCUACACCAUGGUACUACUUCCAUCACUAUGCCGUAUCUAUGUAUGUAUAUCUAUCUAUUAUCAUGAUCAUCCAGUUAUAGAUCAUAACUCAAGUCAGUAAACAUGACCUGUAUUAUUUUUGUACUGGAUUAAAAGACUCUCUUAAACACAA